AUGAAUUCCCUACUGAAUGUUCUGGAGCCCCAUCCGGAAGAUAGAUUACAUUUACGCUUACAUAGAGCGCGAUCCGUCGUCUUAACAGCGCAAGAACUUGUGGAAAUUCGGGCUGCCCAGAGAACCUUCGAGGGAGCAUAUAUACGGACCGCUCUGGGACAAUUUAGUUUCGCUUUGGUGGUAUUAAAGAUCUUUACCGCCGAAUUUUACAGUAUUGGGGCAUUAUUCGCGACAUAUGGAGCCGGGGUUUUAAUGGUCAGCUUGUAUAGGAGGUAUGAGGGCAACAGGCAAUUCUUCAGCGAAAUUGAUGGAGAUGGUAUGGGAAGGAAGAAAUUUAGGACCAGUGGGAAUGCCGUGGUUAUUUUGACGACGCUGAGUCUUGUGGCUUAUGUUUUACUGAUCGGAUUGACCAUAAGACUCGAGACCUGA